CCUCGGAUGGCUGGAAGUUUCCCGAACCCGGGAAACUUUCAGCCCCCCCCCCCCCCCCCCCCUCCCCCCUCGGUGCGUCCAACCCCGGACUCACCUCCCUGCAAGUAUGUUUGUUAUAAAACUUGCCUUAAAAACGUGCCUUAAAAACGUGCCUUGUACACUAGGUAAACAUGCUCUGAUAUUCUUGACCUGCUGAUCUUGAUUGUCAAAUGUUUUUGACAAACAAGAAAUCUCGUGACAAUCACGAGAAUAUUGAAUAGCAUGUGAAACCGGAAAAGGUUGGCCGGAAGCUGUACUGUAUUUUGAUACACUCGUGAUACGCUCAAGUAUCAAAUAUCAAUUUCAUUUGAAUUCGAAAGGGGAAGUUCCCAUUCAGUAAUCAUUCUUUUGCACUUCUUGGAAAGCUAGAAACGCAGAACGGCGUCCUUUUUUCUCGGUGAUCUUUACUCGUAAAACAUAAGCUUUGCUUCGCUUGUCUUUGCAAGUAUUUCAAGCGUGGAUUUGGAGCAGUAAACGUCAACUUUGGGUACAUUUUGAACGCCAAACUACAGUACAAAUAUGUCGGAAGAAGAAUCACGACCUUCGACUUCGGGAAGUCCAAUUGAGAAUGAAGUAAAUCCUUCAGACUUGGCUAAUACAUCAGUGGCAAACUCUGAUCAAGAAGUUACAACAAGUAAUACUACGUGUUGCUGUGAUUUAAGUACGAGAAAGUUUGCUAGUUUAGCAUACGUCGCGUUUGUCUUUAUAUCCGCUGUUAUAUUCCUUGUCGCAGCCAAAGUAGACACGGACAAAAAAGGCACACCCAUCUCAGCACCAUCAGUAUACCGGUAUUUAACCGUGGUUCUUUUCAUUGGAAUUCUCUGGAUGGCUACGACUAUUAUCGGCUCGUUCAAAUGUUGUUUGCAUGCCGCCCGCCAAGGAUGGCUGGCAGGUCACAUUGAACCUGUAAAGGAGUUAUUACCAACUCGGUUACUGGUUGGUGUGAUGUUUUUCGGCCUUGGCAGCUCGUUUUUGACAAUGGUUGAGUUACUCGAAUAUGUGGCCGAAUACAACUGCCCGCACAAGGAUUUGACCAUGCUGUUCUAUUAUAUAGUGCGGACAAUAUUUAUAUACACCCAGUUGUACUUCUUUUAUAAAUUGUCAGGGAAAUCUGAAAAACUGUUGAUAUAUAGCCAUUUUCUCAUGAUGCAUUUGAUUGCUGUUAAUUUAGGCACUUGGAUUGUUACAUUUGUUUACGAUAGUGCCGAAGAGCUUAAUAACGAGGUUGAAGAGGAUGAGAUUCUUAUUAAUCAGACUACCAUACAUAACUCGACAAUAUUAUUCAUGGCACGCCAUUGGGGUGCUUUGAUAAGUACCCAUAACAUAAGUUUAGUACCAUGUUAUAAGACAGUCAAGGCACUCAAAUCAACAGCUAAACAGAUGGAACCAUACUUGUAUACCUUUACGAUGGAGUACUGUUUGAUUUCAGCAGGAUUGUUGUUGAAUGCUUGGUUAUCGUUGCGCAGCAGUGCUCAGACCACAGACCAAAAUGGGAACGAGAGGGUUGAGGAGGGUCGUACAGGUUCGGAUGGGGGUCGUACAGAUUCGGAUGAACGUAGAGGAAAGGGUUCUAAAGGACAACAGACAAGCCGUAGGGGUCAUGGAAGCACUACUCAGGAUUCGGACAUGGACACAGGAUUUAUCACUGAUGAUAGUUACGUACUUGUUGAGAAACCAGAAAGAAUGCCCGAAGUGGGUACACUGUGGCGGUUCGGCUUCAUCUUUGGCUUGGCUUACAUCCCUGCAUUUACGGCCAUCAUAAUCAACCUGUUUUUCUCGGAUGACGUAGAAAAUGAUCGACUUAUUUACGUGGGAAUGCAGUGCUUUUUCUUCCUGUCCAUACUCAUUGCAAGUGUGUUUGGCAUCCUCCAGCUUGAAAAGAUAAAUGAAGGUGAACCCGAGAGUCAAGUUGAUUUUAUCCUGCUUGGCGUUGCACUGGUUGGUGUCUUCUUUCUCGAUUUGUUAAUCAUUGUUGCAGCGAUUUGCGAAACGAGUGAGUCGCCGGAGAUUGCCACUCUACUUAUUGUGACAAACAUCACCGAGUUGCUAUGCUCUGUGACGUUCACCUUGUUCGUUCGCAAAGCUUUGGAACAUGGGCUUCCAGAGAGAGCUAAUGAAGUUGUCACCAACGCUGCUCCGAAUAUCCGUGAGGUGGUAUCGUUCCUGUUUAUGCUGAAUAUAUGCUUCUGGGCGAUGUACACAUUCGAAGUGAAAAAAUCAACCCAAGUCGUGCCUCUUGUCGAGCAGUUCUAUACGGAAGAAGUAUGGUUUUAUCUCUCCCAUUUCGUGUAUCCGCUUGCUGUGUUUUUCCACUUUCAUGGCGCAGUGUGUAUGGUUUUGAUACUCGGCCAUUACAGCAUCAGUAAGUCUCGGACAUUAUCAGGCUCGGCUGCAGCCAGCAUGUCGUUGUCGCACGCUGCCGUACAGCAUACAUGAUGGUGACCAUAGCAGGUGGUAACCAGGUGAUAACUGUUGAUAAUAGUUUGUGACAAUUGGUCAUUCUAGAAAAAAUCCACCCUAUCCCCCAAGAAGGAAAUUUCUGCCAUCCGGAGGGAGAACAGAGAAACAUUUGUUUCUGAUAAUAGUAAUUGCAUUAGGAAGUCCAAAGGGGUAGGGAGCUUAACUUCCAAUUUCCUUUGUGGAGGAGGUAUGGGGCAGGUGCAGUGCCGUAGCCAGAACAAUUGGGGGGGGGGGGCACAUAUUCAUAUAUUCGUGUUGUGCUUUAUUAAUUUCUUUUGAAAUCAAUUGUUUUUAUGGUAUGUGAACACAAAUAUAUGAAUAUGUCCCCCCCCCCCCAAUUAUCGUUCUGGCUACGGCACUGGGCCGGUGUUUUCUGGAAUGACCCAAUGCAAUAGUUUGUAUCUUACAGGCGGUAACAGCUGAAAACUGUUGGUAAUAGUUUGUUGACAAUAGUUUGUAUAAAAUUCCAUGUCACACUUGAUAAAAAUAUGUGUUAGUUUCUAGCAUUUCAUACCAGUUGAUAAAAGUUAGAAACAGUUUGUAGUUUUAAAAAUUUAAAUUGUUCAUAAAGUUCUAUUGGCGACUUUCAGUAGAAGCAUUGCAGGGCAACUGAGAACCAACAUUAGAAAUGUUCACAUUUACACAAACAAGAAGGUUAAACUACCAAUUCUAAAUAUUUGCCACAAAAAACAUUUUCUCAGUGCUCAGCUAACUGUAGAUUGACAACCACUUGCUGCGUGAUAGUGCUUAGUAUAAUUAGUCUGCAUGUGGACAUAGAUAUUUUAUGUGAUAGAAUCAUUAAAUCUGAUCCAUGUAAAUUGUUGCAUGUUAAUUUAAAUAAUGUAUUUUUAUCAUUUUCCUUAUUUUGUAGUUGAAAACUCAAUAUUUUGUAUGUUUUAUAAUAUAGAUUAGGGUUGUCUUUUGUCGUUUUUGAACCAAGCAAAUAAAUAAAUAACUUUUUACCAAACUAUUGUGUUUGUCCGAAUUGUACGAAGACAUCUGGGUUAGACUCGGGGAUGGAACUCAGGGAUGGAUCCAGCAUGAUCUGGUAGGGGGGGGGGGUUGCUCUGGUACCGAGGUGUUUCAGUCAUAUGUGCCACCCGCUCAUCACUUGUUUGACCACUGUUAUUACUCAAAUUACUGUAUCUCAUUUUGUCUCUAAUAUUUUUUGGCAUUUUUUGCCUACGGGUGCACUCCUCCCCUCACACACACCCCUAGUAAAUCCAUCCUUGGUUGGACUAGAGCUGGCCUCCCUAUAGAGUUUUUUCCCCUAAGCAAAGAUCUGGGCAGUUCUUUAGAUAUUCCCUGCCACUAUUGUCUUUCUACAUUCUGCCGGCAUUCUUGUGCAUGAGAAAGAUUUUAAAAGCUACAAUCCUGGAC